GUGCUCGGCUCAGACCCCACUAACAGACACGCAGGGACAGAGGAAGCCCGUCUUCGCUCUCGCUCGCCCCUCGCGCCCUUCGCCCUCCCUGCUCUCUGGACACGCGAGGUGAAGUCGCCAUGGCCGGUCCUGCUCUCUGUUAGUGCCAGGCCCUGGUGUUUGAGCGGCGGCGGGAUAUAAAAAAACAAAAAACAAAAACAAAACAAAACAUAAAAAAAACAAAAACGGCAACAAAGAUUUCCGGCAAAACGUGUGACUGUGGUCGUGGUAAACCAAACAUGGGGCUGAGCGUGAUGUUGACCCUGUGCCUGGUGCCCCUGGCACUGCUGGCGACGCUGCCCCCUGCCCUCGCGUCCCCUCUGGUGGCGGGCAACGUGGCCACCAACGAACUCAUUGAAUCUCCCCCGCAGGAAGAGACCGACCUAGCCUACUGCCGAAGUGGAUCCGUCUGCGGGUAUCUCCAGGUCAACGUGUACGGAGUCAACGCCAAACAAUUUUGCCGGUGCCCGAGCAUAGCCGGGGCAUGCGGUCUCCACUGGGAUCCGCAAGAUGGCCGCUCCGUCACCAUGGGCUCGGAGCAGUUCAAGUUCUGUGGACCCCCGUCGCCCCUACAUGUCUGCGGGCGUGACGAACCAGCCUACUCCGCCGCCUUCAUCUUCGACAGUGCCACUUUUUCGAUGUCAGGAGAGCAGCACCGUCUCCACUGCUACUGCCCGCCGCCCAUGACCCACGUGCGCGCCGAUAUGGUCGAGGACGUGGUGGACGGGGAGCUCAUUAUGGCCACCGUGCAUGCCUGCUCAAGGCUCCCGACGUGCACGGAAGAGACACCAUGUAAGGAGGUGACCAUCGCCUCUGGCACUGCCCUGGUCUACCCGAAGUGCCGGUGCCCAAGAGAACUCUCGUGCCCUACCCUUGGCACUUCCGUCACCCCGCACACCAACAGCUACCCAGGGGGCUCAGCAUACUCGGUGUUCUGCCAGCGGCGUUUCUAAUCGCGUCCUCUCCAGCUGAUGAUU